AUGGCGCAGUGCUGCCGAGUGCCUGGCCCUGCGACUCACAUAAGAGCCCUAGCAGGAGAAGAGGCAGCAGAGCCCAGAGCCAUCUCCCACCUCAGGGCCAGGGCAGCCCAGGGCACACUAAUCCUGUCUCCCGCCCUAGGCCUGGUGAGGGGCUACUCCCUGACGCCGCCAGCCCUGAACAUCACAGAGGAGGUACACAUCAUCAACACCAGCGACAGCCUGGCCAUCUCCUGCAGGGGACAGCACCCCCUGGAGUGGGACUGGCCAGGGGCUCCAGAGGCACCAGUCGUGGGGGAGAAGGAGAGCGAGGACUCGGGGGUUGUGCAAGACUGCGAGGGCACAGACACCAGGCCCUACUGCAAGGUUCUGCUGCUGAGCGAGACCCACGCCAACAACACAGGCAGCUACUGCUGCUACUACAAGUACAUCAACGCCCACAUCGAGGGUACCACAGCUGCCAGCACCUACGUGUUCGUGAGAGACCUCGAGCAGCCAUUCAUCAACAAAGCUGACACGCUCCUGAUUAACAGGAAGGACUUCACGUGGGUGCCCUGCCUGGUGUCCGUCCCUGGCCUCAACGUCACACUGCACUCGCAAAGCUCCGUGCUGCGGCCUGACGGGCGCGAGGUGGUGUGGGACGACCGCCGGGGCAUGCAGGUGCCCACGGCACUCCUGCGAGACGCGUUGUACCUGCAGUGCCAGGCCAGCUGGGGCGGCCAGGACUUUUACUCCAGCCCCUUCCUCGUGCACAUCACAGGCAAUGAGCUCUACGACAUCCAGCUGUUCCCCAAGAAGUCCCUGGAGCUGCUGGUUGGAGAGAGGCUAGUCCUGAACUGCACGGUGUGGGCUGAGUUCAACUCGGGUGUCACCUUCGACUGGGACUAUCCGGGGAAGCAGGCAGAGCGGGGUAAGUGGGUACCCGAGCGGCGCUCCCAGCAGACUCACACAGAGCUCUCCAGCAUCCUGACCAUCUACAACGUCAGCCAGCACGACCUGGGCCGGUACGUGUGUGAGGCUGACAACGGCAUCCAGAAGUUCCGGGAGAGCACCGAGGUCAUCGUGCAUGAAAAGCCCUUCAUCAGUGUCGACUGGCUCAAAGGACCAGUCCUGGAAGCCACAGCAGGCGACGAGCUGGUGAAACUGCCUGUGAAGCUGGCAGCCUACCCCCCACCGGAAUUCCAAUGGUACAAGGACAGAAAGGCAGUGAUGGGACGCCACAGCCCACAUGCCCUGGUGCUCAAAGAGGUGACUGAGGCCAGCGCGGGCAUCUACACCCUCACCUUGUGGAACUCCGCGGCCAGCCUUCGACGCAACAUCAGCCUGGAGCUGGUGGUAAAUGUGCCCCCCCACAUCCACGAGAAGGAGGCCUCCUCCCCCAGCACCUACUCCCGCCAUAGCCGCCAGGCCCUCACCUGCACAGCCUACGGGGUGCCCCCACCUCUUAGUGUCCAGUGGCACUGGCGACCCUGGACUCCCUGCAAGACGUUUGCCCAGCACAGCCUCCGACGACGCCGGCAGCAGCAAGAUGGGAUGCCACAGUGCCAGGACUGGAGGGAGGUAACCGUGCAGGAUGCUGUGAACCCUAUCGAGAGCCUGGACACCUGGACAGAAUUUGUGGAGGGAAAGAACAAGACGGUGAGCAAGCUGGUGAUCCAGGAUGCCAACGUGUCUGCCAUGUACAAGUGUGUGGUCUUCAACAAGGUGGGCCAGGACGAGCGGCUCAUCUACUUCUAUGUGACCACCAUCCCAGACGGCUUCAGUAUCGAGGUGGAGCCCUCCGAGGACCCCCUGGAGGGCCAGUCCGUGCGACUCAGCUGCCGAGCUGACAACUACACAUAUGAGCAACUACGCUGGUAUCGCCUCAACCUGUCCACGCUGCAUGAUGUUCAUGGAAACCCGCUGCUGCUCGACUGCAAGAAUGUUCACCUGUACGCCACACCGCUGGCCGCCAGCCUAGAGGAGACUGAGCCGGGAGCGCGCCACGCCACACUCAGCCUGAGCAUCCCGCGAGUGGCGCCCGAGCACGAGGGCGACUAUGUGUGCGAGGUGCAGGACCGGCACAACCAGGACAAGCACUGCCACAAGAAGUACCUGUCGGUGCAGGCCCUGGAAGCCCCCAGGCUCAUGCAGAACUUGAGCGACCUCCUGGUGAACGUGAGUGACUCCCUGGAGAUGCGUUGCCCAGUGGCUGGAGCGCACGUGCCCAGCAUCGUGUGGUACAAAGACGAAAAGCUGCUGGAGGAAGAGUCUGGAAUCGACUUGGCGGACUCUAACCAGAAGCUGAGCAUCCAGCGCGUCCGCGAGGAGGACGCCGGCCGCUAUCUGUGCAGUGUGUGCAACGCCAAAGGUUGCGUCAACUCCUCGGCCAGCGUGGCGGUGGAAGGCUCCGAGGAUAAAGGCAGCAUGGAGAUCGUGGUCCUCGUCGGCACCGGGGUCAUCGCUGUCUUCUUCUGGGUCCUCCUCCUGCUCAUCUUCUGCAACAUGAGGAGGCCGGCUCACGCGGACAUCAAGACGGGCUACCUGUCCAUCAUCAUGGAGCCCGGGGAGGUGCCCCUGGACGAGCAGGGCGAGUACGUGUCCUACGACGCCAGCCAGUGGGAGUUCCCGCGGGAGCGACUGCACCUGGGGCGAGUCCUCGGCCACGGGGCCUUCGGGAAGGUGGUGGAAGCCUCCGCCUUCGGCAUCAACAAAGGCAGCGGCUGUGACACCGUGGCUGUGAAAAUGUUGAAAGAGGGCGCCACGGCCAGCGAGCACCGCGCGCUGAUGUCCGAGCUCAAGAUCCUGAUCCACAUCGGUCACCACCUCAACGUGGUCAACCUGCUGGGCGCGUGCACCAAGCCCACGGGCCCCCUCAUGGUGAUCGUGGAGUACUGCAAAUACGGCAACCUCUCCAACUUUCUGCGCGUCAAGCGCGAGGCCUUCAGUCCCUAUGCGGAGAAAUCCCCCGAGCAGCGCAGGCGUUUCCGCGCCAUGGUGGAGGGCUCCGAGGCUGAUCCGAGGAGGCCGGCAAACAACGACCAGGCCCUGCUCACCCGGCUCCUGAUGGGCAAGGGAGGGGUGGGGCGGGCUCCUCCGGUCGGAGAAGCCGAGGACCUGUGGCUGAGCCCACUGACCAUGGAAGACCUCGUCUGCUACAGCUUCCAGGUGGCCAGGGGGAUGGAGUUCCUGGCCUCCCGCAAGUGCAUCCACAGAGACCUGGCUGCUCGGAACAUCUUGCUGUCAGAAAGCGAUGUAGUGAAGAUUUGCGACUUUGGCCUUGCCCGAGACAUCUACAAAGACCCUGACUAUGUCCGCAAGGGCAGCGCCCGGCUGCCGCUGAAGUGGAUGGCCCCUGAGAGCAUCUUUGACAAGGUGUAUACCACACAGAGCGACGUCUGGUCCUUUGGGGUGCUGCUCUGGGAGAUCUUCUCCCUGGGGGCCUCCCCAUACCCAGGGGUGCAGAUCAAUGAGGAGUUUUGCCAGCGGCUGAAAGAUGGCACCCGGAUGAGAGCCCCAGAACUGGCCACUCCCGCCAUACGCCGUGUCAUGCUGAACUGUUGGUCUGGAGACCCCAAGGCAAGACCUGCUUUCUCAGAGCUGGUGGAGAUCCUGGGCGACCUGCUCCAGGGAGGGGGCCAGCAGGAGGAAGACGAGGAUUGCAUGGCCCAGUGUGACUCUCAGAGCUCAGAAGAUGGCAGCUUCCUGCAGGCGUCCACCACGGCCCUGCACGUUGCCGAGGCAGAAGCCAAGGGCAGCCCAUCAAGCUCACAGCGCCACAGCCUGGCUGCCAGAUACUACAACUGUGUGUCCUUUCCUGGAUGCCUGGCCAGGGGGACUCAGACCCAGGGUCCCUCUAGGAUGAAGACAUUUGAAGAAUUCCCAAUGACCCCAACAACCUACAAAGCCCCUGUGGAUAAUCAAACGGACAGCGGGAUGGUGCUGGCCUCUGAGGAGUUUGAACAGAUAGACAGCAGGCACAGACAAGCGGCCGGCUUCAGUAGCUGUAAAGGACCCGGCCAGGAGGAGGACGAGACGAGGGCGCGCCCCGACGCUCAGGGGAGGCGGCGUCGGCCCAACCAGGGAGCCCAAGGAGGCCAGGUGUUUUACAACAGCGAGUACGGAGCGCUCUGCACGCCGCACGAGGAGGGCGACUGGGCGCCGCCCGGCCACUUCUUCGGCGACAGCAGCUACUGAGGCAGCGAGGCCCCGCCCCUCGCUGACCCUGGGCUUUGGCCCUGGGGCAGGCGGAGCAGAGAGCUGGAGGCCAGGCUGGAGUUGAUCUCUUGUAGCUCGGCCCGGGGGAGCUUGUUCCCUCUCUGCAGCCUCCCUUGCUAGGACGAGCAAGACUCAGGCUCAGGGGCUCCCAAACCCUGGCACCGUGCCUGUUGUGGGCCACGGCCCCUCAGACGCCCUCGGCCCCUUCUCCCCACAUUCCGGUGCCAUUUGUCCCAGUGCGCACAGGUGCUGGCCCCUGGGCCGGCCACUCCCAGGACAGCGGCUGCCGGUCCCUCUGGGCCCCUGACGCUGCGUGUGUGUCUGCCUCGCUCGGGCUGGAGGUACAGCUCCUCUGCGCCCCAUCUCCCCGCCCAAGCGGGUCCCGCGGCACCAGCCCCUCCUCUGGGGCGGGCUUCCUCCCUCCCAAAGCUGCUUCCACGUCACUACAUGGCAGCAAGAAGGAACCGGGGGCACUGCUCCCCGAGACCGAGGGCGGCUUGCUAGCCCCAAGUGCAAGGCGGGCGGCAGCCUUGAGUGUGCAGAGCCAUCCACGGACACUUCCUUUCACUAGAACCUCAGGACCUGCGCGGCGGCGGCAGUUCACUUUUCGAAACAGCUGGAAAGGAGCCCGGUUUGUCUGUUUGGUUUUGUUUUGAAUUGAAACUAGGCUAAGACAGUGCAGUCCCUGAAGUCCCCCAGCCUCGCAUUCCGGGUCCAGAACCUGCAGAACCAACCGGGGCCGGAGGAGCCCUCUGCCUCUUCCACCUCAGGUGCCUCCGACACUGCAGCACCUGGCUUCCACCCGGGAAGGCUUUGGGGGCGCAGCGACCGUGCAGGCAGCGCCACACGGCGGCGGAGGAUGUUCGGGGUGCGGAGAGGACCCUGCCCGGCCUCCCGCCUCCCCUCUGUGCUGAGGCUGAACCUUCCGUCUCACGGGGGCGGCCCCGCCCAGGCUGAAAUAUUCUGUCCAACGCCCCCCCUGCCCGCCCACCUGCCAGGAGAAAGGUCCUCGUCUUAGCACGGAAGACUGCAGCUGCAGCCCCAGCCCGGACGCUUGCAGGACAGGCGGCCACGCGGCGAGGGGCCUUUGCUGCGGAGCCGCCCCGGAGGACACGGCGGCGCGCGGGCCUGGCCCUCGCCGGCCCCGGACCUCCGCCCUCUGCGUGGCGCCUGGCCUCAGCUCAGCCAGCGGAGUCCGGAGGGUGCGCUGUCUGCGGACUGAGACCAGCGAGGCGGAUGCAGACCCAGCCCGUGUGUACCGCCUGCUUGGGUCCCCGCUCCUGUCCUGUAACUGCACACACAGCGCUGUAACGGGGAAGAAAGCCCACUGUGCCCUGGUAGACGUGUCCUCUGAAAGAUCUAAAUAUUUAACAAGAGAUAAUAAUAAACCCAUGCCAGUCUUUGAGUUACAAUGAA